UAGAAGGUUUUUAAUAGAGAGAGAGAGAGAGUGUUACUAAAACCUCUUUGUUCUCUCUCUCUCAGAUUAAAAAACCUCAGAGCUCUAAUUUGUGAAUUUCUCAGAGAACAACAAAUCGGUCGUCAAUGGCGUCUGCUCUAUGUAGAACCGCAAGCCGUCUUCGUCCCGUUCAACUUUGCCGUCGGAUUCGUGUCUCGAGCGAUCUACUAUCGACAUCGUCUCCUCCAUCUCCGGCAAGCAUCUCCGACGCGCUUCGUCAUGGAGAUUUCUCUCUCCGUCGAUCGUUUUUAACACUUAAUUGUGGAAUCGAACGGUCGAAGAUGGAUCAGAGACGUUUGAUGAGUACUUCUGCUUCUGAUACUACAACCUCUAAAUCUGACUCCGGUAAAUCGGAAUCAAAAUCUUCCGAUAAGAAUGAGAAAUCUGAAGGAUCAGAGAGUUCUGACGGUGGUUCAAAUCAGAGAAACGACCGUGGUUCUGGAAAAGACGUUCGUGGAGCGCCAGUUUCAUGGAUGAGCUUCUUCUUGCUGUUUGCUACUGGAGCUGGAUUGGUCUACUAUUAUAAUGGAGAAAAGAAACGUCAUAUUGAAGAUAUAAAUACAAAAUCUAUAGCCGUCAAGGAGGGGCCAUCUGCUGGAAAAGCAGCCAUUGGAGGACCAUUCAGCCUUAUAAGAGACGAUGGGAAACGUGUGACGGAGAAAGACUUGAUGGGAAAAUGGACCAUCUUAUACUUUGGCUUCACUCAUUGUCCUGAUAUCUGUCCUGACGAGCUUAUUAAGUUAGCUGCUGCCAUCGACAAAAUCAAGGAGAAGUCGGGAGUAGAUGUGGUACCAGUGUUUAUCUCUGUGGAUCCUGAAAGAGACACAGUUCAGCAAGUACAUGAGUAUGUCAAAGAAUUUCACGCGAAAUUGAUUGGGUUAACCGGGAGCCCUGAAGAAAUCAAAUCAGUGGCCCGAUCUUACCGGGUUUACUACAUGAAGACCGAAGAGGAAGAUUCAGACUAUCUCGUUGAUCACUCUAUAGUUAUGUACUUGAUGAGCCCGGAGAUGAAUUUUGUGAAAUUCUAUGGAAAGAAUCACGAUGUUGACUCGUUGACCGAGGGCGUUGUGAAAGAGAUCGGACAAUACCGGAAGUAAAGAGCCUCCGAUGAACGACAAACACUUUAAUUAGGUGUUUAAUUUUUUUACAUUGUUCCCAUUUUUGGAAGGUCACUCAAUUAAUAAGAAUUUCACCGUGUACGGAGCUUGUGUUGAAAAACCCAUCAAAUUCUUGUUUUGGCACACGAUCAAACACAAAGGAUAUGUAUGAGUCAUGGAUGUGAUUAUUACAUAACAUUUGGUUUGGUUUUCCU